AUGUCCACCGCCACGUUUUUCACCGACAACGUGCCCGACGAGCUGUGGCUCGAAAUCGCCGCCCAUCUUCCGUGUGCACACCUCCAAACACUUCACCAGCUAGACAAGCGGUUGAGCCGGCUCACUCGCCCCUUGCUCUUCGCCGAGCUCACCUUUUCGCGGAUGUUUUGCGCGUCGCCGACGCCGCCGAUCCUGCCUGCGCGCCCGGCGUUCGAGAGCGGGCAGCAGCGGCUGGGCUUCUGGCUCUCCGAUCAUAUCGCGCCGCUGGUCCAAUCGUGCGAGCUGGCCUUCAGUGUGCUGAGCCCGGAGGAGCUUGCGACGCAGAUGCCGAUCGGUGCGGACUUUGUGCUCCCCACGGCAACCGAACUCCGUAUCCUCUCCCUCCGACUCGUCGAAAGCCUUUCGCACUUUACCCGACUGCGGCGGCUGACGGUUGACGAUGAAACUCUAUCGAUGGCCGCGAUUAUUGGCAUACAUGGGUUGCCACUGCUGGAGCGCUUGGACCUUACGGGCUGCCGUAUUGAAGACGACGCAACUGAUCUAUCCCUGGCUGUGACACACGCGCCGCGUUCCGUCGUGCAGUUGUCCGCGUUCCAGUCCGUUGCCCCAGAGAAAGAGCGGUUCUGGAGCGCGUUUUUUAACGCCGAUAGCCUGCGUGCUGUCACUCUGAACAUCCAACUUGCUUUCUGGCUCCAGGAUUCGCAAAUGGCACCAGUAUCCCGGCGCACGACUAAACUCACAUUGCUCUAUCUUGCGACCGCCCCCGCUGCAUCGCUGCCCCACGUUCUCGCGAAAUCGUUCCCCGCCCUGCAAGACCUCGGCCUCUUCCCUGCAUCCCCCUUGCCUGAAAACGAACUCGACCAGUGGACACGGAAUCCCCAUGAAUCCUUGUGUCCCAUUCUACGCACUGCGCUCCUUCCAAUUGCUGGCCAACUGGUGCGCCUCCGUGGGUACUACAGCAUCCUGCGCCAUUUUUCCACGGAACCGUGGCGGGUGAGCCACCUCGGCUUGUCGCCAAACCUAUUUCGCGCGCUUUCCGACCUCAUCGAGGACCUCGACCCCUGCCCAACGCUCACGCAUCUCUCGCUGAGCAUAUUCGACGUCGACACGCGGAGUCUGAAUGUGGUCCUACAGCUAUACCCGCGGCUCGAGGUGCUUUACCUGCAUGGCCUGAAUCUUCCAAUGCAAAUGUCGAUUUGGACAGCACUGUCCUCGGACCUCACUCUGCCGCCGACGCUGCGCUCACUGCUCAUCAAUACGAAGCGCUGGCGGUCCAACCGUGACCUGCCUGGAGACGUAACAGAGGCCGUUGCCCCGCCGACCGGCGCCGACGCGCUUGUGCUGCUGCGUGCAUUUGUCGAGCGCUACCCGCAGCUCCCGCUCCUUUGGAUCCGUGGAUGGGACUUCUUCAUCAUGCGCAACUGCGCGGAGCAGGGGGUUGUGGCCGUAGGCGACGAUGUUGAUGCGGUUAGCGACAAGUACAUCGACUUGUGGAAUCGGCAGGCCGAUUUCAUUUAG